AUGCUCUAUGUUCUUCUUUAUUUUGCUUUGAACAUUUCUGGCUUUUUUGUUUUUCUAGCGGUUUGGAAUCGUUUACCCAAGGUAUAAUUUUAGAAAAUUUUAUGACUCAGAUGAAAUUCAGCCGAAGCCAUUCGAUUACACAACCAUUCCUGGCUUGAAAUUGAACGUAUCAAGUGCAGAGGAGAUUCCUGAUUUGGUCAAGAAACCAGGGGAUGCAAUAGACGAAAAAUUCAAAGGACACAUGGACAAACUAAAAAAGUACCUAGCAUUCAAUGCAAUCAGAAAACUUUGCAGACGUUUUUGUUAGAUUCCUACUCAUGAAGUCUUACGACGAACACUUUCUAUAAAAGUUGUGAACGUAGGCAAAGUAGCGUUCCGUGAUCACUGAAUUACAAAGAGCUCAUUCCAGCACGGCCCGGCUUUUCAUACAUAGGACUUUCGGUUUGUUCAAUAUAUCUCCAGAAAUCGAACAUAGGGACCUCUGAUUUUUUGAUAAGAGUUCAAUUUUACUGAGUUCUUCAAAAUGAGCCAGGUCAGAGGUAAAUGUAAGGUUUCUGAGAGAAGUUACAGCUUCACAAUUUCCACUCCUCCGUAUGCUUUGCCGGCCCGUGUCCAGAGAAUGUCAGAAUUUUAAUUAAACUACGAAUCGGAACAGUUUUCAGGCAUCAAAACUUUCGCGAGUUUCUGUUUUUCAUGAACCUCACAUACGGACCGCUGAGUUCAUUUUGGUGGUCAACUCGAUAUGUUGUGAUCGUUUCCAAUGAGACCUUUGUUGCCGAGCUCAAAAAGUUCAGUGCCAGUCUGAUUGCGAUCUCCCCGUUUGCGAUAGGAAGUUAUCUACAAGGAGAGAAGAAGUACUGUACAUGUGUAGAGUACAAUACGUUGAAUAUGAAACGCACGGAAAAAACAGAAAUGGACAAGAAUUUGCUGGAGGAGGUUCAGUGUGAACUGCUAUUGGAUGUGGACGAUACUGAGAAAACCGAUGUUGUUUGCGACAUUUCUCAAACUCUUCGAAAUCUGAGACAAGCUGGUUUUCUAUACUCAAACGACCGAAAAAGUUUCAGUCGACCCCUGAUGGUAAUUUUCGAUGAGGAGAUUUGGGUGGAUGCACAUCCUAUACCGAAAUUUGUAUGUCCCACUGGACGAAUCGCAUUUAAUAUUUCAAUUAUAGGUGCCCAUCAUCAUUCACACUGAAGAGAUCAUUCGAAACUGGACGGACAGUGAACUUUUUUCUAAGUUUUAUUCGCAGUUCCACUGGCUUCCUGGCUUUUCCAUGUUGAAUGGCAUUUUGUGA